AUGCAAAUCAAGGAUGACCCUUCUCUAAAGUGGCCGGAGAAGAUGAAGGAAGAUCCCAAUAAGCGCAAUAAAAGUAAAUAUUGUCGCUUCCACAGGGACCAUGGGCAUGACACGGAUGAAUGUUAUGAUCUGAAACAGCAAAUUGAGAAUCUUAUUAGACAAGGGAAGUUGAGACACUUCGUCGGAAGAGACCAUAAAAAUGAGAAGUUGAAAGGAAAAAUUGAGGAAUCGUCCCGGCCCCCACUAGGAGAGAUAAGGAUUAUCAUUGGAGGAAACUCGAUGGGGCAAUCUUCCAAGUCGAAGAAGACGUAUCUCAAAGUGGUGCAAAAUGUCCAGCUCUCUAGACGAUCACCAAGGACGAGAUCAAUGGACGAGCCUACCAUUUCCUUCACCGACGAAUAUGCUGAGAGGAUCCAUCACCCGCAUGACGAUGCAAUUGUCAUUACACUGCUUAUUGCAGAUUAUACAACUAGGAGAGUGUUAGUUGACAAUGGAAGUUCAGCAGACAUAUUGUACUACCCUGCCUUCCAAUAG